GACCUGAAUCGGCCGGCCAGACUGUACCGUGUCCGACAAACUAAAUUGACUUGUGACGAACCCACUGUUAACUCCAUCGCCACGGACUCAAUAAUUGGAUCGUCGCAAGACAGUUUUUCAGGACAAUAGCGAACCAUCUCUCCAUCAACCAGUGUCAUCCAGGACAAAACUCGUAAUUUUUCAACAAACGAGAUAUAUAUUUGACGAUGGAAGCGAAUGAGAUAGUCAUGAAGAAGUUCUGGGAGGACCACAGCAAAGAUGGCUCCGUCAAGGAGAUGAUGUUGGAUGAAAAUGCGGAAGCUUUCAGUGACCUUGAAAAGGCUGAACUACUUUCGCUGUUACCGUCCGUGACCAACAAAGACAUCCUUGAAAUAGGCGCUGGCAUUGGCCGAUUCACUGGUGACCUCGCCGAAACGGCCAAGUCAGUUCUAGCUGUAGAUUUUAUGGAAAACUUCAUUCAAUUGAAUAAAAAGUCACAUGGACACAAGACAAAUACGAGUUUCUUACAAGCAGAUGUCAAUCACUUGCAAUUACCCGAAGACAGUUAUGACAUAGUCUUCUCCAACUGGCUAAUGAUGUAUCUCACAAAUGAUGAGGUCCGGAAGCUGGCAAAGAACGCGCUCAAAUGGUUGAGGGAAGAUGGCUACUUCUUCUUCAGGGAGUCAUGUUUUCAUCAGUCGGGUAACAAAAAGCGUGGUUUCAACCCAACAGAAUACAGAUCGCCCACUGAAUACAACAGUCUCAUCCAGAGUGAAUACGUUACGGAAGGUGACGGUUCUCAUUAUCAGUUCGAGCUGAUGUCAAUGCAAAGUGUGAAAACCUAUAUUGAGGUGAAAGGCAACUGCAACCAGAUCUGCUGGUUGAUGAAGAAGGUCCGACGCGACUCUCCCCCAAUUGAGGAUGAUCUUGCGUUUAACAGGUUACCAAUACUCCAAUGGAUGUGUGGCGAAAAUUACAUGGUCACCGGAGGUAACGCAAUCACAAAGCUGCUCUUACCUUACUUCAACAUUGACUUGAACUCGACACUCUUGGAUUAUGGAACUGGUCUUGGCGGCACAGCAUUUUAUAUAGCUCAGGAAUUCGACGCGUCCAUCCGUGCGAUAGGCUCGAGAGCUGACGCCAUCACAAACGCUGUGAAAUCUGCUAAUGACAUUAAGGAAAAACGAGUCGCUUUCGAGGUACAAACGGACAGUAUGUUCGCCAUGGAAAGCAACUUGCUUGAUGCUGUGAUAUGCCGAGACUACUUCAGUCAAGUGAGCGCGAAAUCAGAACUGCUUAGAAUAUUUAAGAAUGGGCUGAAACCCGGUAAACGACUGGUUUUAACCGACGUCUGCCGCACUGCUGAAUCUAAUGAGGGUGGGGACGUUGUAGAGUCCAUGCUCGGACCGCACUUGAUCACCAAGGACCGCUAUAAAGAGAUCUUCAGCUCCUCAGGGCUGACUCUAGUUGAAGCAUUGGACCGAACUGAUGUGUACCUACACCACCUCAAGCAAGAAUUCAACAAACUGAUGUCGGGCAUCCAAUCUUUUCUCCAACAAUUCUCCAUGGAGGAUUACAAGAAUAUGCACGACGAAUGGUGCAAGAAGAUCGAACUUUUCGAAGGCGACAGCUUGAAGUGGGUGGUCCUGGUUGCAGAGAAGGAAGUAGAGAAUUGAGUCCAGCAGUGGCGCCCGGCAUGGAAGCGGUGAAGGUCGGAACCACUUCCAUGUGAACCGAACACUGAAAACUGUAGACAUUGGAGUAGGUGCAUGGCUCCUGUGAGAAAUCAGAAUUACAAAGGCAUCGCUUUUUAUUCAUAGGUCUACAUAAGAAGGCGAAGCUAAGUUUAACCAUUAAAAAUGUGACUCUGUCUUACCAUGUAUAGGCCUAACUGGGCGCAAGCAAUAUCAGGAGUUUCCAAACCUGUCUGUGAUCAGCGACACAGUCUCCUGUUGGUCCCCUUGAGAGGAACACGAUGGACUCGGGAUAUGCUCAUUACCGUGAUAGGGACGACAGGCUGAUCGAACGCCCCUAUUCAUGUCCCGAUUCCAUUGUGUUCCGCUGAUGGAAUCCACCGGCCGCGGACGACUCACUGACAAUGCGUAAUCUGACAUGCGAAUUAUUAUAGCACACUGGCUGGUGAAAGUUCACAAUUCUUUCAGGUGAUGGCACCACGGGUUCUGUCGUACAGAACACGUACUUAUUUCUUUGGAAGGUGAAACGUUGGGCUAAAUUCUACGUACAUAAUUUCUACAUACAUGUACUCAAUGUUUCGCAUCAAUAUAUGCAUUACACGUUUGGUGAUUCUAGAAAAUUCAAAAUGUGGAUAAAUCGUCUAAGUACAUGUUGCUAAGUAAGUAUUAUCAUCAUGAUGAAAUAAAGGAAUUUUAAAUA